AUGGGCCACUCAUCUUCCCCACAGGAGUCCCCAUUGGGGGACACUCCCGUGCGGUCUACCAAGCGUCGUAAGAUCGCCGUGGCUUGUGAUGAAUGCCGGGCCCGAAAGGUCCGUUGUGACGGCAUCCAACCCGUUUGUGGGCCAUGUACAAGGAGGCCCGAUCGCGGUAAUGAGUGUAACUAUACGGGGGAGCCCGAGAAAAAGCGUGCGGUCCAGAGCUACAUCGCCCGCCUGGAAAGUCGGAUCAAGCAUCUAGAAAGUCCGGGUAACAUUCCGGGGCCUACAAGGCCCGAUGGGGGGGAUCGGACAUCAGGCCACCUCCAGUCACCCUCGUCCUAUAAUAAUCCGGUAUCACCGUUACCCAUUGGCGCUCCGCCGUCUGCUCCAUUCAACCCGUCGUUAGCAGUCCCCGUGAGCCAUGGUCAGUCUAGAAACAGUACCUCUGUUUCCAAUGUGGACCGACCAUCUCCAUCGAGUGGUGUCUUAUUUGAGACCCCCGGGAGCAAUGCAAGCUGCAAUCACCGGAAUACGGGACAUCCCUCGCGGCAGUCAGCCGAAGGCUCGUAUCUUGGUGGAGACAUCCGGGGCCUAGGGGUCAAUGCGAUGAUGGGCGCGGUUGAGGAAGAGCGUCCCACGCAAGGAUUCUUUGGCAGUUCCAGUGCGGCCAGUUUUAUGCGUCAGAUCAGGACUGCGGUCGACAAAAGGGUCUCGUCAUCUCAUCGGCAGACCUCCGAUUCCAUCCUCGGAAUAGAACCGCCAUCUAGUCUUACGUCUACACGAAACGCAAGGACGCCCACCGUGCCUAAUUAUGUUCUUCCGCCACGGAAGACGGCAGAUAGUCUAAUGGAGGUCUACUGGUGUUUUGUUUUUCCGUUAUACCCCUUCGUCGAUGGUGCCCAAUUGAGAGCCGAGUACGGGAGGAUCUGGACGGGAGAAUCCCUCCACUCCGAUGAGAACAUGUUGAUGUGCACUUUCAAUGUGGUCUUUGCCCUGGCCUGCCAGCUCGCGGAUUCCAUUUCUCCAGAGGAGCGGGAGGCUUCAGCGGAUGCCUUUUUCUCUCGUGCGAAAGAUUUACUGCAGUUUAGUCUUUGGAAUACGGGGUCAGCGGCCUUGAUCCAAUGCUUCCUCCUCAUGGCGCAGUAUCUCCAAAGCACAGACUCGGCACAUCAAUGUUGGAUAGUGACUGGAUUGGCCGUCCGCAAUGCGCAGAGCUUAGGGCUACAUCUCCCGCAAACCAUUGCCCGCCUCCGUAACCCACAGGAGCAGCAGCUGGCUCGCAAGAUCUGGCACGGAUGUGUUCUCAUGGACCGUGUCAUAUCCAUGACGUUUGGACGUCCCGCAAUGAUCUCAAAGGCCUCAUGUGGAUCGGUUCCUCUGCCCGCCACUGUGGACGAAGAGUACAUCCCUACCGCUUCGGGGGCCGAAGCCAUGCAACCGGCGGAUCGCCCCUCGGUGAUGGCUUUCUACGCAAAGUCACUGGAGCUGUACGAGAUUUUGAAUGAUAUACUGUUGAGCUUAUACAAGCCCAUCCCGGAGGAAAGCCCGGAAGACAUGUACAACUUCUACUUCAACAAGGAGACUAGCGAGGGCGAACGAACCAUCUUCGAGCUCGAUCGAGCACUGACUAGGUGGACCCGGAGUCUACCUCCUCAUUUGCGUGGCACAACCUCACCUGAGACCGAGAAUCUAGUCUUCUACAGACAAAGUGUGGUUAUACGCGCUAGGUUUCUGCAUGUCCGCAUGCUUCUUUUCCGUCCCAUUCUCUCGAAAUAUUGCACUGCCCGCGAUAUUGCGCCCGCGGACCCGCUCAUCUCCCUAAAUGAUUCAUUCCCUCAACGAGUAGCCCUGCAGUGCUCGGUAAUCUGCGUCAAAGUGGCCCAGGAGGUCGUUCACCUAAUCUACAACAAUAUACCGGCUGACGGGACUUCUGGUCCCCUCCCAGCGUGGUGGUACAAUAUUCUUUAUGUAUAUACGGCGGCGACGGUUCUCAUCGCCGGUCGUCUUUGUCCAGCAGUGCUGGAAGAUGUAACAGAAGUUGCGAUCACGCGGUCAUGGAAUGAUGCUCUCGAAAUUCUCCGCAAAUACCAGAGCUACAGUACCUCUGCCCGGCGGUGUGUAGCGGCUUUGGAGAUUCUAUACGAACGAGUCGUGUCGGAAGGGGCCACGGCAAGUGAGCAACCGCUUCACGCCCAGUCAUCCGGGGCCGCAUCAAAUGGCAUGACCGAUCUGUCUUUGGGGGAGGGUACAAAUGCCAUUCUACUGGACGGGUUCGACCUUCCUGAUUUCCAGGACAUGUCGUGGUUGAACAGUGUGCCGAGCAAUCUAUAUUGAUACUGAAUCUUACAUGAGUUGCUCGAAGCCUUUCAAAACUCUGUAUCUUACAGUGGCGCCUGUAUCAAGCGUUAUUCACUAUAUGACCGCACUGAGUAUAUCGGUUCAACUUUGAAUAUCCCAGGUACGCCGCCAGCGAUGUUCCAUCCACAUAAUACAUGAUCCCAUGGGGAAACCAAUA